GUCUUGUUUCUCACCCUCCCAACAUAGAGUGAAUCGCCAGAUUUAACUUCAAAAGUUCAAACAUUAAAGAUAAAACUUAGUUUCUCACGAUUUUUGUGUGGCAUCUCCGCCUCAUUGACCCUUUUCUUUCUUUUAUAUUCAUUCUCUUCUUCUUCUCCUUAGCUUCUACUAUUCUUCUUUGUUCUCACUCUUCCACUCAUUGCAAUUUUCACUUCUUUCUCUGUUGUUCUUUCAUGGCUCCAGCAUUGGAAGUUCAAGGAGGAGAAACUGUGUCCCUAAACAAUGUUAAUGAUGCUACGAUUAGAUCUAGAGUUACUGUUAUUGGUAGUGGUAAUUGGGGGAGUGUUGCAUCUAAGCUUAUUGCUUCCAAUACCAUUAAAAUGAGCAAUUUCCAUGAUGAAGUUAGGAUGUGGGUCUAUGAGGAGACAUUACCAAAUGGUGAGAAGCUCACAGAUGUCAUCAAUCAAACCAAUGAAAAUGUAAAAUACCUCCCUGGAAUCAAGCUUGGAAAAAAUGUUGUUGCAGAUCCGGACCUCGAAAAUGCAGUGAAGGAUGCAAAUAUGUUAGUGUUUGUGACACCACACCAAUUUAUGGAAGGAAUAUGCAAAAGAAUAGCUGGAAAAAUAAGGGCAGAUGCUGAGGCUAUUUCCCUUGUUAAAGGUAUGGAGGUUAAAAUGGAAGGCCCUUGCAUGAUCUCAACUCUCAUUUCUGAUGAACUUGGAAUCAAUUGUUCAGUUUUGAUGGGAGCAAACAUUGCAAAUGAGAUAGCUGUAGAGAAGUUUAGUGAAGCAACUGUUGGAUAUAGGCAGAACAAAGAAGCUGCAGAGAGAUGGGUUCAUUUGUUUUACACUCCCUAUUUCAUUGUGACAGCAGUUCAAGAUGUUGAAGGAGUUGAAUUAUGUGGAACUCUAAAAAAUGUUGUGGCCAUAGCUGCAGGUUUUGUUGAUGGCUUGGAGAUGGGAAAUAAUACAAAAGCUGCAAUCAUGAGACUUGGUCUUAGAGAAAUGAAGGCAUUUUCAAAGUUGUUGUUUCCUUCUGUUAAGGAUAGUACCUUUUUUGAGAGCUGUGGUGUAGCUGACCUUAUCACAACAUGCUUGGGUGGAAGAAACAGGAAAGUUGCUGAGGCUUAUGCAAAGAAUGGAGGGAAGAGAUCUUUUGAUGAACUUGAAGCUGAGAUGCUGCAAGGCCAAAAGUUACAGGGUGUCUCAACUGCAAGGGAAGUAUAUGAGGUACUAAGCCAUCGUGGGUGGUUAGAGUUGUUCCCUCUCUUCUCAACGGUACAUGAAAUUAGCAGUGGCCAACUUCCACCAUCAGCCAUAGUUGAAUACAGUGAGAAGCUACCAAGAUCCUUCUAAUUCAAGGUGCUAGCUUGAAGAUAGUGCUGUUGUUUUUAUCAAGUCAAUCAGUUAUAAUGACUCUAAUUAAAAUUGUCUUUAAAGUCAUCAUAUACGAUUAAUUUUAAUUGUUUCACAGUGUAUUAAAAUUAUAGUCAUAAAUUAUUAUAGUGAAUAAUUGUGACUAUAAUCACAAUUAUGAUAGAUCAUUUAUGUUGA